UACGGAGUAGUACCAGGCUUCAAUCAUUGUUACGUUUCACGAUGGCAACGGGCAAGCACCGCCUCCGUAGCAUGGCCACUCCGGACGUAGUCGAACCAGGACACGACUGUGCUGCGCCUCCCGUGGACUUUAAAAAAAGCAGCCCGCUAGCCGGGACGGGUUAGCGCUGCCGCUUGGGGGAGGCGUCAUUACCCAGGUAGGCAGGUACGCUGGUACUGACCCGGCUGGUCAUGACCGUUCCGUUACCACAGUACCGUCGGUCCGAUCCAUUUUCCGACCGCAAACUCGCCGGUCGAGUUCAGAGCCGCCUGGAGCCUGGUCACGGCUGGUAUCGCCCACAUCCUCCAGCCACUUCUUCUGCCUUUCCUCGUGUCAACUCCAACAUCUCUCUCUCUCCUUCCCUUUCCCUUUCCCUUUCCCUCUCCCUCUCCCUCUCCCUCUCCCUCUCUCUUGAUCUCUCUUGCUCUUUUGCUCUUUUGCUCUCGCUCUCUUGGGUCAGGUCCGCUCUGCUCCUUGGCUCCUGGACCCAUCGGCUCAUCCAUGCCUCUCAACCCACGGACAACAGCCUGUUUUCCAUUAUUCUCCUACAUCUGGAUUUUGAUACCUUACUUUGUUACCCGUUGAUUAUUUGUCAGACGGUUGGUGUUGCAUCGCCUCUUUUCUCCCACCCCUUUUUACAACAACCGCUUAGUCCCGGCUUCUCCUGCAGCCUAACUAAGCACCUUCACUCUGCCAAACAUCCGUCACGGAUUCACCAGAUGGGUUGACCCCCCCAGUCCACCCGAUCGAUCUUCGGUUGAUAGCAGUGUCGAGCGUUUUGUUUCAAAUCAUCCUGCAAGCACCACUGCUAUUUUUGUCUUCCUGCAAGG